AGUAUUUUGAGGGGUCACAUGUAUUUUUGUUUUCGUAAGCCAAAAGCCAGCCAAUCGCCAGCCAAUGAAAUUUUGCCAGCCAAUAGCCAGCUUUAUUUAAGCUAAUGAAAAUCAAGCUAAAAGCUGAUAGCCAAAAGCUAAUCGAUGAUUGGCUGGAAAUCCCUGCUACGUUCCGAACAAGUGAACGAGAUUGCUCGCUUCUAGAGUAAAAUGUUCCGCACCUCACUUGAGUGAAGUGAAGUGAUCAAGUGAAAUAUCCGUGAGUCUGUGAGAUUUUGUGUAUGUGUGUUUUAAUGUAAUGAUGUAUUGUGUAUAAUAAUUAAUUAACAAGUACGAGUAAGAUUAAGAAUGCGGGAUAAAUUCUGCGUUAUAUUAUCUAGUUUUAGCGUUCGUUUUUUCGAGUAAUAUUUGAAAACGGUUCGCAGAAUACCAUUUACGUUUGAACCAGAUUAGUGCAACAUUCACCUAUGAACGGGGGUGUUUCUCCGUGUUCAGCUAUAGUCUUGUUGAGAUUACCUAAUCUCGAGGAAAUGCGUACCAACGGCGAAUAUUCGUUUAUAUGUAUCGCUCCCUGACUGAUUUUCUUCGAUAAAUAAUUUCGCACAGAGAUACGAUGGAGUAGUUUCGCAGUGUUGAUCACCAAGUUCGCAGCUCAUCCGUACCAUUCAUCAUGUAAACAAGAGAGAGUUACUCGUAGAUCAGCUUCGUUUGUUUUCGUUUUCCUGUACUCGUUCAAGUUCAGUCUGACGAUUUCAUCGGUUAUCAAUAAUGCAAGAAAUCGAUGAAACUGAAAUUAAAGCGAAUUUCAACGAAUUGUGCCGGCUGUGCGCGUCAAUCGACAAUGUGAAAAUCGGACUAUUCAGCGAUGAAGCGAUAAAACGACAAUUACGCAAGAAAAUUCAAACUUGUCUUCCUUUUAAGGUUGAAGAAAAUGACGGCUUACCGAAAUCUUUGUGCUUUAAAUGCAUAUAUAAUUUGGAGACGACUUACGAAUUCAGGUGUAAAUGCGUGCAAGUCAAUAGAAGUUUGGAAAAACAUCUCUACCAAUUGGAAAGAGAAAAGCAGACGAAAAAUGUGAUAGCAGGCAGAUCUUAUAAAAUCCAUCCCGAAGUUUCCAUCUUCGCGAUAUCUACCGACUCGAGCAGAGAAAAACAAAAUGAGAUCAAAAGUAGCACACCAGUAGAAUGCGAAGAAGAACCACCAAAUCCGCUGGAUUUUCUCGAGGUCGGCGUCAACUCCGAAGAAAGCUCGAGCAUCCGUCCAAAAUCGAAUUCUCAAGAUGGUAAAAAAUCGCAGUUUUGGAAGACCGAUCGAAGAUGGUUAUCUGUCGAACAUAAGCCGCUGCAUAACGACUCGACAUUUCAAAACGAUACGACCAAGAUGAAUAUGAAAUACUUCGAUACGUCGACGCCGGACGAUAGCGGAAGUCGACGAAAAAGCUGUAAACCGCGAAAAAUUGCUCGAGAAAGCGACGAUAACGUCGAUUGCGGCGGUGGCGGUGGAUCUGCGAUACCGGCUGCAAUUGUACCAACGUCGGCUGUAGUAAAUCGAAUCGCUGGAAAGAGUAGAGACGGCUGCGAAGAAAACGAAAACGAGAAUGACAUUGCGGAGGAGGACGAAUCGUCGCGUCAGCAAGAAAGAUUCACGUGCCUGCUGUGCGAAAAAAAUUUCAAUUUACGUUCGUCGUUGAACAAGCAUUUCUCGACGACGCACGGUAUCGAGCCUUACGAAGUGCUGUCGUCGGAGAUGCCGCAAACGCGACCGCUGCUCUCGCAAUCGUUCAUGUCGCAGCUGUCGGCGGAAACGACGCCCCAUUCGGAAGGAGCGAAAAACGACGACGACUUGGAAAACAUGAUGGAACAAGAGACGGUGAUAUUUUGCGAAGUGUGUCGUCGCGAGUUCCAGGAUCGCGCCAGUCUGUGGCUGCACAUGGUGCACGCGCAUCGCGAAGAGGCGAGCGUAUCGUGCGGCAUUUGUUUGAAAAUCUGCUGCGACAACAUCACGUUGAUCGAGCACGUGAACACGGCGCAUUCAGGCGACAAGGCGGUGGUGCAGCGACGUUACUCGUGCCAGGUGUGCGGUCGGCAGCACGAUUCGCGCCAGAAAUUGCUUAAACACGCUACGUUGCACACGCUGAUCGACAAUCAGGGCCAGACCAUUCAGCCGGAGGAGAUGGUAUCGCUGAAUAACGCGUUCGCUCCGCGCGAAUGCACAGUUUGCCGCAAACGGUUCUUUAACGAGGAUAAACUCAACCAUCAUACGCGUAAUUUUCAUAACGACGCGAACGACGCCGCGACGUUGUCGCCGUCCGCCGUGUACAAGUGCGAGCUGUGCGCUUCGGCUCACGCCACUCGUAUCGAUCGCUGGUGGCAUAUGUAUUAUUCGCAUUUGGGCGACUCGCGCGUCACCUGCCAGCGCGACAACUGCCGCAAGAUCUUCGUGUCGGUCGCGCUCAAGGAGGAGCACGCGAAAACGCAUCACGAAUCGCAGGGCGAUUUCACCAACACGUGCGAAAUAUGCGGCAAACUGUGGGAGUCGCGAACCGUCUUUUACAAGCAUAUGAUGAACGUGCAUCCCAAGUGCUUGCCGACCAUCUGCGGCAUCUGCAUGAAGAUCUUCAGCAACGUGCCGGAACUGCGUCAGCACGUGCAGGCUGAUCAUCCGCCGCUCGAGGAGAUGGGCGGAAUAUGCUGCGACGUGUGUGGACGGCCGUACGCCGAACGCUCUAAAAUGCUGCGUCAUCGGCGCGUGCACAACGUAACGGACGGCGUUCCUACCGCCACCAGCACGGCCAAGAAGAAAGACGAUCUGGUAUGCAGCUUCUGUCCGGACGUCAGCUUCGAACAGUACGACGAUAUCGCCCAGCAUCGUCGCACCGUCCAUCAGCUGUUCGUCUGCGAUCUGUGCCCCAAGUUCUACAACGGCAACAACCAUCUGUGGAAGCACGUCAGCAAGCAGCACAAAGGCGAUCCGAACGUCACCUGUAACCUGUGCUUGCGCACGUCCGCCAGUCGAGCUCAUCUCGAACGUCAUAAAAUCAAAUACCAUUCGGAUCCGGUCGAUAAGCUGCUGAGUAAACAGCACCAACUGCAGCUGCAGCAACAACAGCAACUGCAACAGCAAGCGGCCGCAGCAGCAGCCGCCGGUGCCGGUUCUAUUAUACCCGUCGCCGCAAUACCACCGCAGCCACAGCAGCCUCACAAAUGCAGCCUAUGCGGUAAACUAUUCCGCAUUCGUAGCUUACUGAAGAAACAUCUCAAGUCGUGUAAAGGAGUGAAAGCGCUAGGUGCGUCGGCUGCGGCUGCUGCCAGUCUGACUGCCAAAGUGCUGCCGGUAAACGGAGUAUUUCCAUGCUCCAAAUGCACCAAAGUGUUCCAGUUGCAAAGCGUGCUCUCGAAACACGUGAAAAACUCGCACGCUCAGCACGCCUGCGAAGUAUGCCAAACGGAGGGCGAAAUUAGCGCGUUCGACACGAAAAAAGGGCUGCUGCAGCAUAUACGCGAACGCCACGCCGAUAACUACGAGCUCGUGUGCGACGUGGUCGGCUGCGGCAAAGUGUUACGCUUGAAGGCGGACUUGAAAAAGCACAAACUAGAGCACCAGCGCGGAUAUUUCACAUACAUUUGCGAAAUCUGCGGCGAUAUGUUCUCAAAUCGCAAGAAACUACGCAAACAUCUGGUUACCUAUCACAAAGCGGACGUCAAGUACCUGUGCGCCAUUUGCGCCUCCAUUCACCAGUCUGUCGACCAACUCGUCGAGCACGUGCACGGCGCUCAUUCUUUCGUGCUACAUCGGCCGUGUACGUGCCAGAUAUGCGGCAAAAACUGGACCGUCAGUAGCAAAGUAGUAGACCACAUUGUCAAGGUGCACGGUCCCGAAUACAAGCCGUGUAAAAUCUGUUGGAAAGUGUUCACUGACGAACAAGCUUUCCAGGAGCAUACCGAUAAUCAUCCCGCCAUUGAAGACAAACCGUCCGCCAACGCUGCCGCUGCCGCUAAUGCGUCCAGCUCCGUCAACGCGGACGCAGACGCAGAUGAUGAAACGCUGGCUGAGGGGCCGCAUUCGCCUUCGCCGCCUGCAAUCGCCUCGUUAUCGCGUUCGUCUUCUUGCGGUUCGAUCGCCACAGCAGCAGCAGACGCCAAGUCCGAGGGUGAUGUUGACGCUGCUGGAUCCAAGACAGUCGCCGGUGUAAAAAGAUCGCUGCAAUCGAACGAAGAGGACACCUCUCUGUACGGCGAUGGCGACGGCGACAAUGACGAAAGCGCCAGCAAACGCCUCCGACGCAAAUACAAAUGCAUUUGGUGUAAGGAAACGUUCCGCGCCAUGGACGAACUCAAACAACAUAAACUGAUUCAUCACUCCAAUAGCCGCUAUGGCGGCGAAUCGCAGCACCAGCAACAACAAAUUAACGUCGAUAACAGUGACGCAGAACCGAAGACGGAGAUAGAAGCGGUUCCGGUAUCGGCGGCCGAUACCGCCGGACACCAGCAGCAGCACCAGCAAGCGCCGCGUUUCGAUACCAGUCGAUCUGAGCGAUGGACCGAUAUCCGUCCUAUCGCUUGCGACUGCUGCGAUAAGAUCUGGAAUUCGAAGAAACAAUUAUGGCAGCAUUUGAUUCGUUCGCACGCGUACGAAUCGCAGCACACGUGCGGUAUCUGUUUGCAGGUAUGCCGCGACUACUUCGAUCUGUUCUACCAUCUAGACUCGCAGCAUUCCGACCUGGUCAACGACACGGUGGCUAAUCGAUUCUCGUGCUUUAUCUGCGGCCAUUAUCAUAAUUCGCAGAGCAAACUGGAUAAGCACUUUUUGCUGCAUAAAAACGCGCCGUCUCGAUGCGAAUACACGUGCCAGUAUUGCCGCAAAGUGUACAAAUCGGUGGCUUUCUAUCGAGAUCACUUGCGCGUUCACGAAGCCGAGCAGCCUGCCGAAAGCAAAGCCAAACCGAUCAGCGAGUUUAGCGGAUUCAGCAUUAAUCACAUUUUGGCGACGAAAAACGACCGAUCUCGCAGCCUAACCAAUCUCGUCGUACCUGCAGCUGCGGUCGCGAUAUCCGUACCCGUGCCCGUAUCUGCUCCCGCUCCGGCUCUGAUUAAAAUCGAAACGAGCGAAACCGAACCGUCCGUUUCUUUCCACCGGAACGAUUACGAUUCCAAAAUGAACGACGACAACGACGACGAUGACGACCUAGUCGAAGAGAUGGAUGACGACGACGACGAAGACAACAGCGAUCGAGAGCAAAUGGACGUGGAAGAAGAAAGUCCGCGACACGAUGACGAUUCUUCAAACGCCGCCAUCAUCGAUGUUCGAGUGCCAUUUUCGCGACUCGCUAGAUCGAGCGAAAAACCAACAACGACCGACUCGCUUUCCGAAAGCUAUUCCAACGUUUCAGCCAGCGACGAAGAAGCCGAAGAUUGUACCGUGAAAAGCGACAAUGGCGCCGCUGCCGAUGACGCUGCGGAUGUUAUGCUGAACGGCGGCGGUGGCGUCACCGUUACCAAUAACGAUUUCACCGUGUUCGCUAUGAAUAAUAAUCAAAAACAACGCUCGUCCAAAUUUCAGAACGACAAAACCAAUUUUCACAACUCAACAGGCGACGAUUAUUUACGAAGAGUGACUGACAACCUUUAGUACCUGCCGCAAACUCGACUGUCGUCGUCGUAAGCGCGUCAACAUUUUUUGUUUUUUUCUUUUUUGUACCUACCCGCCCUAUCUUCUUCUCUGUCUUUAAAGUAUGUUACUUUUCUUUUCGAUACUACCACCGCAUAUUCCGCGCGAUAUUGGACGUACCUAAAUACGAGUAACUCGGUCCGUACUCGGAUGAUCGCUUACCCAUCUUUAUAACGAAUUUUUGUGUACUCGUUGGUGCGAAACGCUUCCACCGUACUCUGAUUCUUGCUUGAGUUUUAUUCGUCUUCUGUCAAUAACGCUGCUGUUUGCCAUGUAAUGAGUAAUGUAGGCGCUAGGCAUACGAAUAUGAUAUUACUCUUCGUACAUUGUUGCAUACGGUUAGAACUCGGAACUUUUUUUCUCUCUCUUGAGAACAGAGAACUCUCAAAUCUGAAUUUUUGGUUUUUAGCUAGCUGCGCUCGCUUAUUUCGUCGAUUUAGUGUGUUUUUGUUUUGUUUAUUUGUUUGUUUUUGUUUUUUGUUUUGUUUUGUAUGUUUAUUUGUUUUUUUUCACUAUUUGACGCUAAAAAGCUCUGUUUUGAAAUACGUUUUGAUUUUGUUGUAAAAGUGAAAUGUCAAAACAUUAUUUGAAAUUGACGAGAAAAUGACCAUUCGGCAUCUUAAAUUGCAUCUAUUCAAUUUCAAGAUAAUUGAAAGUGCGAAACUGCAAAAGACUCGGUUUAAAAUUGCAUUUAUCUCUCCUUCCCUAAGUGAACAAUAAAUAAACGAGUCGUUUUUGUUAAACAGAAUAUCGAUAAGGCGCUGAUGAUAUUGAGUAGGUGAACUCGUUUUUUGAAUUUCGAUACUCGCGAUGUGAUGUACUAUUUCCGUCCAAAUUAUCUACAGUUUUUGCUCCAUUUUUCGAGGUACGCACACAAUUAUAUAUUAAAUGUUUUCUACCGAUUGAAAAAAAUUGAAAUCAUACGAAAUUUGAUGAAUUAUCAGAGUGUCUACAGGCAAGAAAAUAGCAAGAAAGCAAGAAAACUGCGAGAAAUUGACAUGGGUGGCACGAAAGCGAGAAAAUAGUAUAGAAAUUCCUUCGAAAAGCAAGAAAAUUUCCAAAGAAUUCACAUCAGGGAUUGCACAGUGGGCUGUGAGCACCCUCUAAACGCCUGUAAUUCAAAAACUCACUAUGAAUCCUAAAACAAUGGUACAAUAAUAUCCUCGCUUAUGUUUUUGGGGUCGGAGAAUACGAAUUUGACAAUAUUUUUUUGUAAGGGUGAGGGAGUGAAGGGGGUGAAAAAUUCAAAAUUUGACAAUAAUGAAGUGUGAUAUGUCGAAAUGUAUGUUUUUGAGGUCGCAAAAUACGAAUUUGACAUUAUUUUUUUCGUAGGGGCGAAUAGUGGGGGAUGAAGGGGGUGAAAAAUUCAAAAUUUGACCAUAAUUAUGUGUGAUAUGUCAAAAUGUACGUUUUCGAAGGUGACGGAAGGGUGAAGGGUGGGGGAUGAAGAAUUUCAUGUUGGGGAGCCGUAAAAGUCCCAGUAAGAAAAAAUUUGUAACAUUUUAACAAAAUUUACUAUGAUUUUUCACUACAAUUGACUGUGGUGGUUGUUGGGUCACUUUCGGUCAAAAACGGGAAUUGACAUCUUGAAAUACACUAUCUCAAGUAUUACCAGCCACCGGAAUUUCCCGUGCAUCUACGUGCGAAAUUUUUUUUUAUUCCAAUUUAUGCCGCCAAGUAGGCAAAAAAUGGAGUUUUAAAGUGAAUUUCAUAUCUAUAAUCACUUUAUAAAAACUAAAAUCCAGUAAAUUGAUGAAAAGAACUUACUUUCAGUUGAAUUAUUCAUACUUGGUACAUUACGACAUAUCACACAUCAUUGUAGUCAAAUUUUAAAUUUUCACCGUUUUUACCCCCUUCAUCCCCCACCAUUCACCCCCACGAAAAAAAUAUUGUCAGAUUCGUGAUCUACACCCUCAAAAACAUACAUUUCGACAUAUCACACUUCAUUAUUAUCAAAUUUUGAAUUUUUCACCCCCUUCACCCCCUCACCCCUCACUCCUACAAAAAAAUAUUGUCAAAUUCGUAUUCUGCGACCCCAGAUAUUAUUGUACCAUUGUUUUAGGAUUCAUUGUAAGUUUUUGAAUUACAGGCGUGUAUGAAUUCUUUUUUUGGGGGGGUUUUUCAACGAUUUUUCUGGAAUUUCCAUUUUUUUUCCUUUUCAAAUUUUGGCAAAGUUUCUUCAGUUUUGAUAUUACUAUCAACACUGUCAUUUCAUCCACUGUAAACUGUGGUACUUCAGCAUAAACAGUGGAUUUAGAAUUUCGGAUUAAAAUUAGACUUUUUAACUACGAAUUUUCACGAUUUUAGUUUUGCUCUAAAUUCGGCCAUUUCUUUGCCUUAAUUUUGACUGAUUUUUUUUCGUAAUUUUUUUCUGCUUAAAUUUGUGUGGAAUUCUCCUUUUUAGAGUUUUUGAGUGUUUUUUUUUUUUUGGAUUUCAAGACUUGAUGUUUAUAUUUUGAUUUGGGGGGGGGGGGCUUUUUUGAUUUUUUUCACGUUUCUCUCAAUUUCAGUAAUUUUGUUGAAUUUCUUCAUCUUUUUUUUUUUUUGAAACGUGUCAGUGUCAAUUUUUGCCAGGUUUUUUUAUGUUUAUUUCUCUCGAAAUUUUUUCCUUUCUGAAACUCGGUACAUUGUUUCGUAUUUGAAUUUUUAAAAUGAAUUUCAAAAAAAUCACCAAUUUUUCAAAUUUGGAUUACAAGCUCCCCUCUCUCGUUCCUUGCCUUUGAUUGUAAUAAGUUUUCUGUUCUAAAAUGAUUUUUCUUACUUUUACGGAUUUUUUUUACAAUGAUUGUUUAUUUUUUCUCAACACUCGAAUAAUUUUUUUCAACGAUUGCUCGCCUGUGUGGAAAUGUCUGCAAUUUUACAAUUUAAAAUUUUUGAAAUGAUUUCGGAUACGAUUGAAUUUAGUUCCUCGCUAUUUCGGUGGACGACUCCCCCCUCCCCUCUUCUUUCAAAUUUGCAAUUUUUCUCAUUAGUUCGGCACGUUUUUUCGAUUAUGUUUCCAGAAUGCAAUAUUUUUUUCAAGCUGCUUUGUUGCAUUUUUAUCUAGUUUAUUUUCGAAGUUUUGAUAAAUUAUCUGUUUUGAGCUUUUACUAGUUUUUGAAAAAAUGGUUUUUAUUUGAAUUUUGAUGGUUUUUUUCUGGUUACUUUUUCUAGCUUUUUUGGUUACUAAAGUUACUUUUUUUGAGAAAAAUUCGAGUACAAUCCCUGUUCACAACGAAAAUCUCUGAAAAAAUAUUGAAGUUAUCCCACCAAUUUUGAAGAAUGUUGAGAUCAGAAAAAUUGAAUCUUUUCAUAAAAAUUGGUGUUAUACUACUUUUCGAAUUAUUUACAAAUUUUCCAGACCAUUAAAGCAAGAAAUUUGCCAUUUUGGGUUCAGUAGUCACUCUGAUUAUCUCGUUAAAUUAUUUCGCUAUCUCGUACUAAACGGAAAAACUACUCGUACUCUCGCCAAAAUUUCGAUACACCGACGAAUUUUCUCGAAGCACGAAUCAAAAUCGGUGCGAAGAAGAUAUUUUCUCAUUUUCGAAAUCUUUUUCUCUUCUCAGAGUUCUGGCACCUACAAAUAUAUUUCAAACGUGAUUUAAAAUGUUUAGCAUUAUUCUUUGUAGAUCAACUUUUGGUUUCUUAAUUUUUCGUUCCUUCGUGUAUUUUUAGUGUGGUACAUACUUGUACAUAGAGGGGUUCUACGUUAUCUUUCCCAUAUUGAGCUUUCUUCGACCAAAACGUAUUUAAUUAUAAUCGUAAUAUUAUCUCGCGUAUUGAAUUACGUGUCUAAUUUUUUUUAUCGCAGUUUGUAUGUGUUUCAGAGUUCAUUUUAUUAGGGUACCGAUGUCUCGUAAUACUCGUACGAUCUGUAAUGUUGAGGCGAAAUCGAUCCAAAAAAAAUAACCCUACGCCCUACGAAACGAAAUAAACAAAUCAAAAAAAAAUUACAAGUUGCCGAAUUCGUUUUUCUGCGAGUCAUAUUUUUGAAAACAAAUCUACGAUCUUGCAGUUUGUCCGGGUAAUUUUCAGUUUUUUUUUGAUUAUUUAAUGGCAGAGCGUUACAAAUGCGUGUCCAAGAAAUACUUACUCGUAACGAUCAAAGUAAAAUGUGGAAAUUGGCAAAUGCGAUCGAUUUGCCAAAUUGUUCGAAUAAAACCUUGUAUUUACACUCAUCGAACAUCCCUAUCAAAGCCAUCGAAUAGGAACUACCUACCUAUUUCACUGUAGCCUGAGGCUGAUAUUUUCAUUUUUUUUUCGCGUCCCAAAGAAAUGGAAAUGGAAGAUGAACCGGGUAGUCGAAAAUACUUACUUAGGUACCUACUACUCGUAUUUACCGAGAAGUACCUACCUAAUAAUACUCGUAAUAAGCAUAAUAUACAUAUAUGCGAUAUGCUGUGUGCUGUACCUGUACAAAAAAUGUACAUAACGAUACCUUUACCUAUUACCUAUGUCCUAUAUGUUUUGUGUACCUAUUUGUAUGUUGUUCGUAGAUGUACGACUCGUAACCCCGCGCGUAUUUUUACUCAUUUUAGUUACGGAAAUACUCGUAUUGAUUUAAGGAAUAAUACAUUAUACUUACUCGUGUAUGGUAAUGUACUCGUAAAACGUAACACUCGGUGUGCAUUGUGUGAAUAAAAAUAAUAAUUACCUAGAUUUAUAUACAUUUUUAAUAUUAAUUGAUAUUAUUGAUAUUACGUAAACGUAAGUAGGAAAGGAUAGAUUUACGUUUGUAUUCGUAUUCGUAUUUUUUUGUUUGUAUAGGUCGCAGAUAGAGAGGAGGCGAUUUCUAUGGAUAAGGAUAAGUUCGCGCCGAGUCGCGUUGUACCAUUUCGGAUAUCGUUAUCUAGUCAAUGUUUUUUUCUUCUUCAUUUUUUUCUAUCUCUCUUUCUGUCCCUCUCUCUUCUUUAAUAAAACUGCGCAUGCCUUUACAAAGUCUUAUCUAUGUAAUAUGGUAACUAAGUAAUUACUAUUUACUAAUUACCCAUUAUCGAUAGCCCCCCCCCCCAUCAACAAGGCUUCAGAAUUUAUACCGUAAAAUGUUUUCAUUUUUAUUCAUAUUCCGAUGAGUUAAUUAUACUAUACAUACAUACAUACAUACAUACUCGCAAUUAGUGGCGAUUCCCCACACUAAUCUUUUCAAAACGUAAAAAAUUUGUCUUUCUGCAGCAUUGUAGUUGUUGGUACGAGUACCUACCUGUCCCGAUGCACAGUGGACCAGAUGGCUAAAAAAAAAAGGUGCGCACACUGUAUUAUAACUUAUAAGUAACGUAACUAUGACUGAAAUCAAAAUGUUAUUGGUGAUGUUGGAGUAUACUCCUAUUUUGACGUAGAAUUCAAUUUUUAAGUUAUUUUUUUCUUGUUCCCCCAGGGGUGGCUGCUGGCUGAUACACCCCAUCGACCUUUUACUAAAAGGUCUCAAAAUUUGAAAAAAAAUUGUCAUAUGUACUCAAGUUGAGAAUUACUGUGUAGCAUCAGGUUUGCAACUCGACAACGCAAAAAUAUACAAUUUCAUAUUAUGCUAUGUGAAAUGGAAUUGUCACCAAAGCUGUUGUCACUUGAAAGAUUUUCUCAAGAAGUAUGAAGUGUGGUUGCAAUGAGGAAUGUACAGUAAGUCCCGCUUAUUAGAAUCGAUUUGGGACCACGUAUGACAUAUGUUUGAUUCUGUAAACCCGAGUAUUCCAUAAAGUGGAAGGAUAAAAAACGCAUAAUUCCAAAUUUUGUUGAGAUUAUAUCAAUUUUUGAUGUUUUAUGAAGUUAAUUUCAAUGAUUUUUUGGGUUUUUAGUUACCAGGGUGUUUACAGGCCGAAAAAAAAAGUAUGAAUUUGCAAAAAAGGUACGAAAUUGGAAAAUGACCCAAAAAAGUACGAAAAAACGUAUGAAAUUUUGAAAGGAUUCAAAUGUAUCCUCAAAAUUUUUAAUUUUACAACAACUUUUGCCCUCGCAUCGCUCGGGCUAAAUAAGUUUUCUAUAUUUUCUCAAAUUAUUCAUUGUGUUUGGAAAGUAAGUUAGUCUUAAACAAACUUCAAUUAUUGUAUUCAUUUCUACUAGUCAAUUAAUGCAUAAAAUGUCAAAACAUUACACAUAUUUUGAUAUUUUUGAUGAUUUAAAUUUUAAAUUUUUUAUAUUUGGUUUUUGGUUAAGUGGUUUUGAUCAAAUAUUUUUUAUUUUUGGUUUUGAGUUUUGCACAAAACAGAUUUAUAUUUGGGUUUUCCUUCAUUUUUGGUUUUGGGGUUUUUAACAGUUUCAACCCCUGUCGCUUAGCUUAGCCAGGCUUGUAGGACUGCUCAGGUUAUGAGGUUGCUCCAAAAUCAAGGUCCUAGUUUGGAGCUUUCAAACAGUCCGGUCUGGUCAUUUGGUUCUGCAUUUUUUGUCUUUGUAGGUCAGUUCAGUCUGGUCCGGUCCUGACCAGAAAUUUUCAUGUGGUCAUGGGUCAGCCCAGGUCCAAAAAAUGGUCUUCAUUUUUCAGAAAUAAAAAAGCUUCCUAACCUAACACAUAGAUGAGUUGAAAAAUGGGAUUUUUACUUUCAAAACAUUGAAACUUUAAAAGAAAUUGAAUCACAAUGGAAAUUUAUUCGAAAUUGGCAUCUCAAAUGGCAUUAUAAAUUUGAAAAAUUGGACACAACUGAGGUUCAAACCGCAGUUAUUGGUCCGAUUUUUUAGAAAGGUCUUUGGUCUUGGUCUGUCCCUGUUAUUUUUUCUGAAAAGGGUCAUCUGUUUGGUUAAUAUUUACAUAAAUUUUUUCAGAGGUUCAAGGUCCGGUCUGGUCCACUCGGUCUUGGGAGAAUUUUUGGGUCCAGUUGCGGUCAUCAGUCUGGUUUUUUGGUCCGGUCCAACAAGCGUGCGCUUAGCUUUGGAUUGUUUUUCUUUUCUUUUUCAAAAUUGAAAUUAUUUUUUAAAAAAUUGUCAACAAAGUAUUCAAUUUUUAAAGUUUCAAAGAAAAAAAAUGAAAUUCUCACUUACCUACUUCUCGAAAUACAAGUUUUCAAUAGUUUUCUCCUUCACAUGGACCUGUUCUCUGACUUUUUUCUUAUCAAAACCAACAUUCUAAAAACAUCUUUCCGAUUCUAAAAUUUUAUAAACCCAAAAACGAACUCCUUGCAUUAAAAACAUUGUUUUUUUUAUAUUUCUCUCAAAAUACAAAUUUUCCAAAAAUUUUGCCCUCGUCUCGCUCGGGUCUUUCCUCUUUUUUUUUCAAAGUCUCAAUUUCAAGUCUUUUGAAAUCAAAUUUUCAAAAACUGUCGCCCUUGCUUAGCUGGGGGCAAUUUUUUUCUUUUUUUUAAAUUACAGAAAAAUCACUUUUGGGCCCCCAAAAAUUCAAAACAGAAAAUGAACAUUUUUGUAAGUCUUAUUAAAUUAAAUAUAUCAAUCAGCAAAAUGGGCAGAUUUUCCUUAGUUCUGUUGACAAAUUUUCAGUCAAACGCCCUCCUCCCUCUCAAAACACCUCUAUGGGCCAAAUUAUAUGCAUUUGUUCAGGGCUCGCGUCGGCUCUCAACGUCUUGAUGACCCAGACCACACUGCUCAGCGUGUUAAAAUUUUGAUUUUAGUAGCCAAAAUGACAUGAUACAUCCCCUCCCUCCAAUGCACCUACAAAGUAUAACUAUUAAAAAAUAUAGUGUAGGAAAAAAGGUACGAAAUUUUGUUUUUUGGAUUUAGUAGACACCCUGGUUCUGUAUAAUCUUUUAAUAUAUUUUAAACACUUUUUUCGAUGAUUGAAUUUUACAAAAUCAUCAUCAUCUUUUGCCGAUUUUCAUCAACUUGAAAUUUUUAUGUAUUUUGUGUUUUUAUGCCAUUUUAAUAUGUUUUCAACACUUCUUCAUUCAAUUUUUGUUAAAUUUUGCCAAAAAUUUGUGAUUUUUUUCAACUUUUGAAGAUUAGUUAAUGUCAGCAAUUCUAUAUUAACUGAAUGAAAUGAGUUUUUCUAUUCUAAUAAGAGGAAAAAUUUGCAUGUUAGAAGCAGGGAUGUUAACCAGUUUUUAACCUUAACCUUAAUUUGGGAAAUAACUGGAUAAAAUGGUAAAAAAUCACAACCUUAACUGAAAAAAAUUCCCGUAUUUAAAUCUGAGUAACCUUAACCAAUAACCUUGACCAUAACCUUAAUCUCAAAAAUUUCGGUUAAAAACCGGUUAUAAUUUAUAAUUUUUUCCAGUUUUUUUUUCACCUACUGGUUUUUGUAGAGCAGUUAGUAGUGUUUUGUUUUUGUUUAAAAUUUUAUUCAUUUUCACAAAUUUCAACAGUUCUGACUUUUGAGCAAAGAUAUGAUCAAUUUUACUUGAAUUUUGUAACUUUGAAGUAAUCAUUGGCGAUUUUCGCACCAAUUUCGAUAUUUUUUUGUACAUUUUGUGCAGUUUUGCAAAAUUUUUAGAUUAAUUUGCAACAAUGAUCAAUGAUCUGGUUUUUUUUUUUAAUGUUUCGAGAUAUUUCAUCAGAUUUUGGUUGUUUCAAUUUCAUUUCAACAGAGCAAUUUUUCAAAGUUUUUCUCAAUUUUGUCCAAUUACUGGCAAGAAAAAAGAUUUUUUUCACAUUUUUUAUCCAAAAAGUGAGAUGAUUUUGCAGCUUUAUGGCAAUAAAUCAAGACUUUUUUGGAAAUUUUGACAUCAGAGUGAGAAUGUUUAGUGAUUACUGGCAGAAAAGCGAGAUUUCAACAAUUUAUAAAUUUAAGCAUAACACAGAGCUCAUUUGAAAAUUUUUGAAAAAAAUUGAAAUUUUUAAAUAUUUUUUUGGGGAAAAUUGAAACAUUGUGUAAAAGAGCAACAUUUUUGACUUAAUUUUUAGCCAAAAAGUGAAACUUUUUAGAAAUUUUUAACAGAAAAGUGAGACUUUUUGGUGAUUUUUUAUAUAUUAGCCUUGAAAAUUCCAAGUUUUGAAAAUUUGACUCCAUAAAAAAACCGUAACUAUAACCCAAAUUAACCGAAAAAAUUCCAUCAAAAAUCUGUAACCGUAACCGUAACCUUUAACCGUAACCAAAAUUUUUUUCAACAAGGUUAUCAUCCCUGGUUAGAAGGUAAUAAAUGUUCUGUCCCAGCACAUUUCAUUCCAUUAACUGAAUUAUUCUAUUAUCCGCGAUUCUAAUAAGCGGGACUUACUGUAAUUCUAUUUCAAUUUUGUUCAAUUUUUUCAAAUUUAAAUGGGUGUACCACGCCCUGGGGGGAGGACAAGAAAAAAAUUCAUAUCAAUUUUGGUAGGUACAUACAUACAUAUGAUGACAUUUGGUUCUGCAAAAUGCUCAUUCACAAAGUUUUCAAAGAAAUAUCCAUAACUUGAAUCAGUUAAAUCUGAAAACAAUAUCCUCACUAAUUAGGUAUUCAAAAAGUGCAGAGUUCUCCCUAAAAAGUUGAAUAAGGUCAUAUUCACCACUCAUUACCCGUACCCUAUGAUCAAUGAUGUAUCGCAGUCAAUAGCUUGAUUACUGUGUUGAUUAGAUUACCUGAACUUAACCCAUAUUGGGUUACGUGGAAAUGAUUUCAAAUUGAUAAAAAACUAUUCAAGUUCACAGGUUCGCACUCAUAUUGCUCUUGAACGAGUACCAGACCUCUGGGGGGGGGGAGACACAAAAAAAUGACCAAAAAUUUGAAUUCUUUGUCAAAAAAUACCUAGAUUAUGACUUAUGACACCCAUAUCAAUUUUGUUCAAUUUUUUCAAAUUUUGAUUGGGGUACCAGCCACUCCUGGGGGGACAAGAUAAAAAUGACCAAAAAAUUGAAUCCUGCGGCGUGCCUUUUUUUAGACAUCUGGUCCAUUGUGCAAUGCCCGAUAAAUGUUAGGCAGGUCUGUCACUCAAAUCAUGAUAUGAUGCUACACUACCUAGACCUAGACAUCUCUCAGUAUGCAUAAAAUAUAUUCCUGCUUGUUGACAUUUUUCCUUUUGUUUUUGUAUGAUCGCGUUUUCGCACAAUACCUAAUCCAAAUGUAUUCUCUACGCUAUAGGUACCUACUACCUACCUGAUCGAGGUUACUGUAGAAAAAUAAAGAAAUUUGUUCAAAAAUGUUACAUCUUCCUUUUUUCCUAUUCGUAAUACCAAAAUUGUUGUUUUAUUUUUAUUUUCAACCCCGUUGUAGGUAGGUGGAAUACAGGUAUCUUUUUUCCAACUAUUUUUUUUUUAAUUGAAUAAUUUUGCGUUACCCGGAGUCUUUUUAUCGUCAAGUCGCGAUUAUUUAGUGACCAGUUGACCACGCAUUACUUAAUAUUUAUGUAGGUAGGAAAUGUCAACGUAUACCUACGUUACACGCUUUUUUUCUUAUUUUGGAUUUUGGUUUUUUUGGUUCAUUAACUUAAUUGUUGUGUUCUCAUUUUUUUGUUUUCGUUUGUUUUUUCCUCUUAAUUUGCUUGUUGUCAUUAUUUAUUACGAUUAUUAUUAUUAUUAUUAUUAUUGAUGCUGUUUUCGUUAUUAUUACCUAUACUGUAAUUGUUGUUAUUGUUGUUGUUAUUUUUGAUGUUAAUUUUUUUUCGACUUAUUUAUUUUAUUUUAUUAUUUCGUGUAACAAUCGAAUUAUUUGAAGUACAUUACGUUUUUCGAAAUACGCGAUCAUCAAAUGAGUUUCUUACCUUACUCGUGUCUUUAUAAUAUAUGUACGAGUACAAUUUUGUACGUAUUUCUUUUUACUAUCUAUUUGUUCAAUUUUCGUGUAGAUAUUAUUUCGAUGUGAACGGAGAAAUACUCGAAUUCAUCAUAAUUUAUUAUGUCAUGUCUAACUACUGUAUGGCUAAGUCUUGGAUUUAAUUUCGUAACUCUGUUCCGUUUUCAUUUUCGAACCACCCUAAUUUGUUCGCUACUGCCUUCUUUAUCGCGCUCCUCAUCAUCUUUCUUAUUUAUUCAUGAAUUUUUUUUUCUUUCUUUUUUUUUGUUUUCGUGUAAUAUAUGUGUAUUUCUGAAAUUUAGUAGCAGUUUUAUUCGUAAGUUUUGUAAUAUUUUUAUUAUAAGACGAAUUAAUAAUAAAAUUUAAUUCACGAUA